CCUCAUCCCCGCAGGUUCCCGAGGGCGGCUGCUGCCCGUCUCCCCGAGACCCAGGGCCCCGAGCGCUGAGCCCCGUGUUCCUUCGGCUGCGGCGGGAUCCGGCAGCUGCGCAGCCUCCGCUGCUCCCGGCCGUUCGGGCCCCGCGGAGUAUGUGGGAGGAGAGCGACAUGGAGAAAGCCAUCAAGGAAACCUCCAUUUUAGAGGAAUACAAUAUCAAUUGGACUCAGAAGCUGGGAGCUGGAAUUAGUGGUCCAGUUAGAGUCUGUGUGAAGAAAUCUACCCAAGAACGGUUUGCACUGAAAAUUCUUUUUGAUCGUCCAAAAGCUAGAAAUGAGGUACGCCUGCACAUGAUGUGUGCCACACACCCAAAUAUAGUUCAAAUCAUUGAAGUGUUUGCUAACAGUGUACAGUUUCCUCAUGAGUCCAGCCCCAGGGCUCGACUCUUAAUUGUAAUGGAGAUGAUGGAAGGGGGAGAGCUAUUUCACAGAAUCAGCCAGCACCGGCACUUUACAGAGAAGCAAGCCAGCCAAGUAACAAAGCAGGCAACUUUGGCUCUACAGCACUGUCACUUGUUAAACAUCGCACACAGAGACCUCAAGCCUGAAAAUCUGCUCUUCAAGGAUAACUCUUUGGAUGCCCCAGUGAAGUUGUGUGACUUUGGAUUUGCCAAAAUUGACCAAGGUGACUUGAUGACACCUCAGUUCACCCCAUAUUAUGUAGCACCUCAGGUACUGGAGGCACAGAGAAGGCAUCAGAAGGAGAAAUCUGGCAUCAUACCUACCUCGCCAACACCCUACACUUAUAACAAGAGCUGUGACUUGUGGUCCCUAGGGGUGAUUAUCUACGUGAUGUUGUGCGGAUACCCUCCUUUUUACUCCAGACACCACAGCCGGACUAUCCCAAAGGAUAUGCGGAGAAAGAUCAUGACAGGCAGUUUUGAGUUCCCAGAGGAAGAGUGGAGCCAGAUCUCAGAGAUGGCCAAAGAUGUUGUGAGGAAGCUCUUGAAGGUCAAACCAGAGGAAAGACUUACCAUCGAGGGAGUGUUGGAUCACCCCUGGCUCAACUCAACUGAGGCCCUGGAUAAUGUGCUACCCUCUGCUCAACUGAUGAUGGAUAAGGCGGUGGUUGCAGGAAUCCAACAGGCCCAUGCGGAACAGUUGGCCAACAUGCGAAUCCAGGACUUGAAAGUCAGCCUCAAACCCCUGCACUCUGUGAACAACCCCAUUCUAAGGAAGAGGAAAUUACUCGGCACCAAGCCAAAGGAUGGUGUUUAUAUCCACGACCGUGAGAAUGGAGCCGAGGAUUCAAAUGUUGCCUUGGAAAAGCUCCGCGAUGUGAUUGCUCAGUGUAUUCUCCCCCAGGCUGGUAAAGGAGAGAAUGAAGACGAAAAGCUGAAUGAAGUAGUUCAGGAAGCUUGGAAGUAUAACCGGGAAUGCAAACUCCUAAGAGAUACUCUGCAAAGCUUCAGCUGGAAUGGUCGUGGAUUCACAGAUAAAGUAGAUCGACUAAAACUGGCAGAAAUUGUGAAGCAAGUGAUAGAAGAGCAAACCACAUCCCACGAAUCCCAAUAAUGACAGCUUCAGACUUUGUUUUUUAACAAGUUGAAAAUUUAUUCAUUAAUGUAUAAAGUAAUUUGUAUGUAAAUUAAUAAAUCAUAAUUUCAUUUCCACAUUGCUUAAAGAUGCUGUAUAAAUUUAGAUACAGGAUUUACUAAUAGUAUAGUUCAUUUGUUUUUAAGAAAAGCUCAAUUCCUAAUAUAUUAUUACUUUAGGAUUGUUUAGUCAUAUGUGGUAAAGCUGACAGAUGGUAUUGUCAAGCAAAAUUGUUUUAUUUGUAAUAAAGUAUACAAAAACCAUUUGCCAGUGGUAGGCAAAGGACCAACUAUACUGACCUUUCUGCUUAGUAAACAGUUGAAUCAAGUACUGUGGAAUCUGGUUUCAAUUGCCCUGUAUAUUUACUUUCUGCACUAUCAAUCAGUGGAUUAGCUCUGGUUCCAAGAAAUUUUUGUGGAUCCAUGUUGCAGACUGCCUGUUACAGGGUGCCACCUCCCAUGAUGGAAGAGGCAGGGAGUUGAGCCCUCAUUUCUCUUAUCCCUAAUUCCCUAGAGAAGAGUGGUAAUAUCUCUUUUUUGUCAUAUUUUUUAAAAGGUAUUGGUGCAUUUCAUAAAUCUAAUGGGAUUCUCUAUUGAGUUUAUUCUUUUCAUGUUUAACCAGAGCUUCAGCCCUCCCACCUCCUUUGAGAUUCUACUUUGUCUUCUCCCUCUCCUGCAGCCCUCACCAGGCUCCAUUGCUUCUUAUCUCCUUUUCCCUGUUCUUCUGGGCCCUUUUAUGGGAUGAUUUUUCUGAAAAAGUUACAUAUCAUAAAAACUGGACUAUUGGGUUAGCAUCUAAAGAUGGUCCAAGUUUUUUCUCUUAAAGCUACCCUUUUUCUCUAACGUUUCUGUUUGGAUUUCAUGGUGGCAUCCCCUGGGCUGCAUGUAUUUUAUUUAGCACCCUUCAUUUUCAGGAAGCAUGGUUCUGGCCCAGAGAUCAGAUACUUGAAUAGAAAACAAGGUUGGGUGCUUUUCUGCUUUGCUGUUGUACAUAUGGGCUUCCAUAACAAACCAUUUUUAUUUAUUUUUUUAGCAGUUCUUGAUUGGUGGUUCUUUGUUGGUAAAUGGGAGAGCUAGUAGGCCAACUCCAAUUCACAGAGGAGAAGAAAAGGAUCAGUUGGCUCAGUUAUUCAGUUUCAUCCCAUCAAAUUCUCUUCAAUCAAAAUCAACCCCACAGAGCUCACUUAUUUUCUAACUCUUCCACUUUGCUGAGUUAUGUCUUCAGGGUGACAUUUGGUUACUAUGUCCCAUAUGUGUGUGAAUGACUGUAGGAAUAUAUGAUAAAAACAUUAAGUAUCUCUUAGAAAUUACCUUAUACAUUGGAUCCCUUUUACUUUGGAGAGUUUUAAAUUCAAGGCAUUUUUUGAGGUAAGGCUCACUAAUCUUCGGUGAUUGAUAACUGCUACAAAUGGAUACCCUGUAAGGAGAAUUCAGUACUUUUAAACAUGGCAAAAUCUAACAGGCAGCAGAAAAAAACAAAAUUUUUCUUAUUUACUAACCAGAAAACUUAGCCGAGAGUUGAAUUAAGGGUUGAAUUAUUCUGUUUUUCAGUGAAAUGCAGUCUUACAAAUCAAAAUCACUUCUUACAAUCAGGAAAAACUCUGCACUUGUUUCUGGAACAACUGAAUACCUGUUAUUUUUCUUAUCUUAGGGCAGAGGUUCAGUGUUAGCUUGGGAGAGGAAGGCAGUAAUUAACUUUGUUACUCUUCUUUUUCUUCAGAAGAAUCUUCUAGCACACCCAGUCUACCAUUAACUUCUCAAAUUUGUUAUCUGGGUGUCUUCUAGAGGCUCAAGAUGAUUUCCUUCACUGUGUGGUGAAUUUUAGGCAUGAUCUAAAAGGGUAUCCAAAAGAUUCCUCCUUUCACUCUGAGCAGCAGUUGCCCAUGUUUCUUUAGUCUGAAUUAAACUGGCCGUGAACAUGAGUGCUGUGUCCAGACAGGUCCAUGCUGAACGUUUGUGAAUACCAUGGAGGAUGCUCUAGCUGUUGUAACUCAAAAGUGGGCCCUAUCCUACAGAGAGCUCCUUGACAAAACAACAGCUUCCAAAAGACUCAGCACUGUUUGGUCUUUAAAGUGGAGUUUUGUUUAUGGAAUUUGUUUGUAGGCCAGUAGCAAAUUCUGCUUUAACUUUACCAGUCAGGUUUACUAAUAAAACAUUCGCAUGUACUGGAAGUGAAACAAAAUCAUCCUUGUCUCUUUUGGCCAGUCUAAUGCCUGUACCUGCAGAAAGUUCACACUGUAAGAACACUUCUCGUAGGCAGGAGGUUAGCGUCUUCAGUUUUCCUACAUGAUUUGCUAACCCUCUGCUUACUAUAAAACCAUUACUUAUCACUCACCUUUAGACUUUACCAUAGUUAUUAAUCUGCUUGAUGCGAAACAACUUUUGUAUUUUUCUGGCUAAUGUAUUGUAUAAGCUAUAGGAGAACACCCGUCAGAAAUUUGUUGUCUGAAACCUAGAUAGGAGGAACUGCUUUUUAAAAAGAGUUUUGGUUUUGUAUUCAUUUGAGAUAGAACAAGUUGAAGGAAUUAUUGGUUGAAGAAGAAGUCAAAUGAUUUAAAUCACAUCUUGUGUGUGAAUGCUUGCGUGCGUGUGUAUUUAUUGAAGAAAAUGUGUCUCAAUUUGAGAACUGGAAAAUUGGAUAUUUGAUUUUAAUUAUAUUUUUAUUUAUUUAAAAAAGUAGAAGUGGUCUUUCAUUAUUGAUUUUUUUGUCCCACAGAAUGACUUAAAUUUUCCCUGCCUGUUUGGUUAAGACACAGGGGAACAUCUUAAAUCUGUGAUAAUUGCCAAGUUACAUAAGUUUAAGAGGCUUUCCUCUUACACAGAACACAAGGAGAAAAGAAAUCCAGCUGGAAAUCAUUUCACCAUUAUUUUAUU